AUGAGGAGGGGCGGGUCCUCCUCCUCCGCUGCGGCGAACGGCGGCGGCGGCGGCGGCGGCCUGGCGAUCACCGAGCGGCAGAAGCCGGCGCCGUCGCGCGUGGCGGCGCUGUUCCAGAUGCUCGCCAAGCGGAAGCUCUUCUCCUCCUCCUCCUCCAAGAAGACCAAGCUGCUCGCCCCAGUGCGCGAGCAGAGAUUCUUAUCGCCUGGGAGGCCACCCGCCGCCGCCGGCCGCGCCGGCGAGAAGACGCCGGUGGCCAAGAAGAGGCCUCUCCUGCUUGAUUCGGCAGACUAUGCAAGGAGUAAAAGCGAAAGCCAUGGCACCAGCCGCUUGCCACCGCCAACCCAAGACAGCAAUUCCAGUGAAAUGCGCACCCCGGGUGUCGUUGCACGGCUAAUGGGCCUCAGCUCAAUGCCGGCUAUCAGCCAUGAAAGGUCAGCCAGAGCCACCGACUCCUCCGAAUCCGAGGUCGCCGGUCACCGGAAUGACCGUUCUCAAGGUUUGCCUGGUAGCUCAGGGAGCAUGGCCACCUCGCAUCAGAAGCCAGGGCAGGUCAUGGAUGGAUGGAAUGACAAUGCCGGCAAGUUCAAUGCAGAUUCACAGGCAUUGUGGUCAGGAAGGCACCACAAUCACAAGGUUGCUUCACCUCUGAAGAGCCCAAGGUCAAUUUCAAGCAGGAACAAGGCCCGGUUGAUCGAAGCAGCAGUCAGGGUUCUCGAACCCGGUCUGCAGUCCAGAAAUCGCCACCGACAGCGACAUGCACGCUUGGAGUAUCCAUGUAACGGCGAUGGUGUGGCGACUACUUCUGCUCCUGCUGCUGCCAUACAUAAUUCGCCGGAUCAAUUCUCAAGGGAAAUGGGGAAUGUUGGUGCAUCAAUGUCUGGUGCUGGCAACGUAGGAGCUGCCUCUCUGCACAAUCCUGCUCCCAGACAGUGGUCUGAAGAGAACUGCAAGAAGGUUGCUGCUGAUAGGAAGCCAAACCAGCAUGUACCAUGGCAAGGGCAACCUGGAGGAAACAUUAAGGCUUUGCCUGUAAGCAACUCGAGUGAGAAGGCUAGGUUUAAGGAAAGUGAUGCGAUGAUCCUCAAUGCUGCCGCUGAUACAUAUCAAGAUGUCCGAAAAGUUCAGCCGAGGAGCGCAUCCCGUGGGAAUGUUGCUUCUGGCCCUCUCAAGCAGAACAACCUGAAGCAGAACGCAUUGCCUACAGCUUCUAGAACAGAAGAUCCACAUCAUAUGAUUCAGAGGCAGAAGCAUAGAAAUGGGGAGCAAUAUGUGGCGAGCACAGGGAAGGAUUUUGUUUCUUUGAACAAAAGUGUGAACAGCAGUACAUCUUUGAGGUCCAAAGGAAAAGUAAUGGAUGAAAUUCGCCUGCCACGUAGCAAUGCGCAGAACAAGAACCUGAGCACAAAAGGCCAUCGAACCGGUGGCCUAAGGAGCGAUAGCUCUAACAAACCGAAGCCAAGGACUGCAUCACCAAAAACUAUGGAGAAAGAUAUGAUAAUUGCAAAAGGCGCAGGGUUGGUUAGCGAGAAGCCGAAGACUGCCAGCCCAAACUAUGUUAGGAAUGACUUGCUGAGACCGGUAGAGCCGCGGAAUGCUUCCAGGUGUAACGACUCGGACAUUGUUUCUUUCACUUUCAGCUCACCGAUGAAGGCUACCCCUGCUUCUAUGCUCGGCAAAAACACUAGUGCUGUUCUGGGAUCUGCAAAUGGUCCUAAAAGAAACUCUCAUAGGGACUGUCAAAAUAUUUCUUCAGAAAGGGAAUUGGUUUUCAGGGAAAAAUUACGAGGCACAUCAAGCAUGGACGAUGCAGAAUCAGUCUGGUUUAAUCGAGAUGAGUUGAAGAACAGAGAUAUUCCUGGAAGCAGAGUAAGAGUAACCUCUUCAUGGUCUGAGGAGGCUAGUGAUGUGCCCGUCCUACGAAGAUCGUCAAGCGAGGAACUUCUGCGGGAGCUAGACAGUCUGAUGCAUGUCUUCGGGGAGCUUCCUAAUUCCGUCGAGUUGUGUGAAACUCAUAAAAAGCUUGAGCUCCUUGGCCGCUGCCAUCUGCAGGCCAACGGGAAAGCUAAUGAUACAUCUCGAUCUGUGCCUGGAGGCAACCGACAAGGAGGAAGACUCCGGCCUACAUAUGCAGAUGAGAACUGCACUUCUGGGAACUCAAACUACACUAAAGAGGCUCAACUCGAAGACAGACGCCUGUCAGAGACUUGUGCGCCGCCAUCUAGCGCGCGAGACGCGGCCACCGAGAGAAACGCCAGGCGAGCCGAGCCUAACUCUGGCCAGCAUGGCGCGUGCCGUCUUGCGCCGGCGGUGCAGGGCAGCAAGUCGGCGCGCCUUGGGCAUGCCGAGGUCACAUCGACCGUCGAUCUGCUGCUAGCAAACGUCUGCUCCUCCGGCCUACACCAUUCCAAGGGGACCUUCCUCCUGAGAACAUCCGAGUCUGUGCUCGCCACCCUGACCCCGAGAGGCUCCACCACCACCAACAGCAGACCCAAGGCCUCGGGAGCGAGCCCGCUGCGGAGCCUCGCGUCCGACCUGGUCACGGAGUGCCUGGACUCGAUGUGCGCCGAGCUCUGCGACUCUGGCUACACGCCGUUCGCGAGGCUCGCCGCGAUGGUCCGCUCAGAGCAGCGGCUGGCCGCAGAGGUGCGGAAGGAGGCGGCUAGGCACGGUGACAUGGCGGGGCAGGACCUGGGCGACCUCGCCGCCGGCGACGUGGAGCGCGCGGUAGCGGCCGGCGUGGCGCGCGAGGCGUUCCGGAUCGGCGCGCUGAUCGAGCGGGACCUGGUGCAGGAGCUGGCGCACGAGCUCGGGCUCGACAUGCUCAGAGCGGCGGCCGUAAACUUGUAA